GGUUGCACAGCAGAGCCUUUACGACAGCGGUAGGGAAAAGACGCGCGCGGUGUGGGGCCGCUCGGUUCCGUUGAAUGUAUCGUGGCGGAGUUGCCCGAGCUCAUUACUUCAUCACCACUUGUACAACUUGCAUUGGCUCAGAACGCCUCUAUCAUCUUUGAAAGAUGUCGACCAACGUUGAUUUACCUGCAGCCGAGAGUAAUUCAUACCUCGCCUUUGAGGAUGGCGAUGUUAUUUUACGCUCCACCGACGGCGUUGAGUUUCGCGUGCACAAAUAUAUCCUCUCCAUCUCUUCUCCAUUUUUCUCCAGCAUGUUCACUUUGCCACAAACCAGCGGUGAGACGCAGACUAUCGAGAUAGCAGAGGACGCUAAAACCCUCGAUGCACUCCUUCGUUUCAUCUAUCCGACAUCCGGACUGCGCCGUAUCGAGAAUUUGGAGGAAGGGAUUUCGAUUCUAUUUGCUUCAAGGAAAUAUCAAUGCGAUAGGGCCACGACCUUAGCGUCCAGAGACUUGGAAAAGAUUAUCGCUGCUCGUGGAGGUGACUUAGAUGCAUGGGCCCUUGCGACAUGGCUUGAUAUCCCUGAUGCCAUUGAGCCCGCGAAACGCCGCUUCCUCAGCUCUUACCAAGGUUUUAGUAUGCCAGAUUCUUUAAACCAUAUCACCGCAAUGGAUUACGCGAAACUCUUAAAGGAACAGAAGGAAGCCAGUGUUGUACGUUUAUAAUUGUACACAUCGUCUUUACCUGGUUGCAGCAUGCGCCCCCCCCCCCCCUCUUUCAGUAUCCUGACUUGAAUGUUUACAAUUGCGACAUGUAUGUACGGAUCGCCUCUCAAAAUUGGUGACCCCGUCGUCCUGCAGUUCCUUCUGCAUGUGGGGGUUCAGAUUGGUGGAGUCAAGCUGUAUUAUCCAUCCUCUAAGUCCGCGAUAUCUGAGUGUGAUGUGGACCCGCUAAUGCAGUGGUGGGUAUGCGCAAAGAAUCUAAGGUGUCAUCCUACUCCACGGGAUCUUG